GGAAAAGGAAGAAAGGCGAAGCUUGGCGACGUCAUUUGGCCUUUCUCUCCGAACAUUUGGCCUUUCGUUUGGGUGCGUCCUUGUUUGAAAGUAAAGAAUUAUCAACGCCUUCUGCUCGAUCGUACAAGUUAAAAUGGUAUGUUUUAACGUUAAAACAAAGUACAGUCAUUGUUUUAUCUUGUAGUGUGUUCAGUUUUAGCAUCGUGUGAUCUGAUUCCAUGUAAUUUUGAAAAAUAAGCUUAGUUUAUAUCGCUCACUUGUUUAUAUAUAUAAGUUAGUAUGUACUGUUCGAUGUUGUUAGAUGCUUAACGAAGGUGAUGAUAUUCACUAGUUUUUAACUCGUUUAAGCUUUCCUUUACUUUAUAUUUGAAGUGCAGCGUCUUGUAGAGAUGUACAGUCUUAUUUUAAGAAAAUGAAUCACACGAUUCCUUCCCUAAACUCGGAAGUGAAAUUGACUAAAUUAUAAAAACAUAUAAAUGCUAAAUUUAAUAACUAACCGUAAUACUUGUAUUAUAAUUUGCCAAGUUUUUAGAGGCUAGAUAGCUCUUCUACUUGCAUAGUUUUGUAUAAUUAAUGACAUUAAUGUGGUUAUUUGAUGGCUUGUACUGUACUAAUAUUUCAUUAGCUUGGCUUGUUCUAGUUGUUUAAUAUAUUAAAAGGAAGUUGACAGAAAUUUAACUAUGUAUUGGAAUGUAUCACACUUGUUGGUGUAAUAAUGUAAAUUAAAUUUAUAGACAAUUUUUUGCAAACGAUUUUGGAAAAUUGACUAUUGAGUCUGCCUGCCCUAAUUUCACUUUUUGGUUGAUGGGAUAUUUGUAUGGGAAAGUUUAUUUAAAGCCCUGGGCACCCUAGAGCUAUAUGCUUUGUCCCAGCAAUGAUGGGCAGUAGCAACAAAACAACAAUUUGGGCAUUCUGGAAAACAUUUACACCUCCUCUCAUGAAGUACAUGGGAAGUUCAACCCUUUGAAUGUCCAAUACGUUACUGUUACCAGCUGACCCCCUACCUUCAGACCAGACUUGGUUGUGCUCUAAUUGAAAGAUUUGUGUUUUUCAUAUACCGGUCUUGUGUAAAUGGGGCCUAGCUAGAGCUGUGUGCCGUAGCCGGAGUGCUGGAGCCGGAAAAAUUAUGAAAAAUAAUUUCAAAUAAAAAUUAUUUCAUAUUUCAAUGAACAUUUGGCAUUAAAUGGGAAAAUUAAGUUGUUGUUUACUAAUAUAUUACUAUUUAUAUGUUGUUUUACUCUAUAUUACUAUGUGGUUUACUAUUAGUAGUGUUGUAAAAAGGUUUUUAAAAAAGGUAAAUUCUGAAAUUACACUGAAAUACUUUUGCCUGCUUCCACUUUUAAAUAUGGGACUUUUAAAUAUGACUGCCGGUGCCGGAGCUAAAAUAACCGGAGUUUGCACAGCUCUAGCUAGCAGGGAUAAAAACAUGUCCUCUUUGAAAAAGACAUUGCCUGGUCUGAGAUGGGAUCAAAGUAAUUGUUUAACAAGUCCUUGAUUGUGAACUUCUAAAUGAGAAAAAAUGCUAGAGAAUUUCAGUGAAGGACCUAACUUUUCAAAGCGUGAUUCCCAAGUUUGUUGUGAAUGUUCCUAAUGGACCUAUUCCCUAAUGAACAAAAUUUUGAUCUAGACCAGUCUAGACAAACAUUUCAUCACAGCUGCUUGAAAGAGCAUCACAAAAUUAGUAAUAUUCCAAAGUUUUGUUGCAAAAUGUUGUAAAAUGUGGAUAAUAUAGCCCUGCAAAGUUUAUUUUGUAUUACGCACAGGAAAUUGAUACCUAUCAAUAUCCCGCUCGUAAUACAAAAUGACUGAUAAACAGCAAACUUCGCAGGGCUAUAUUCGCAUUUUACAACACUUCGCAAUGAAACUUCGGAAUACUACUAAUUUUGUGAUGCUCUUUCAAGCUGUGAUGAAAUGUCUGUCUAGACUUGUCUAGAUCAAAAUUUUGUUAAUUAGGGAAUAGGUCCAUCAGACAUAAAUAAAAUGUGCAAGCGCCGCUCGCAGGUACCUUUGAAUUUUUGCAGGCACAUUUUAAAAUUCGCUCGCAGGCACGAAAAAAUGUUAAUGAGGCCUGAGGUCCAUUACGUUUCUAAAUUUGGUGAAUAUUGGGUGUGGAAAUUGCAAAGCUACAAUAUUUAAGUCACAAAAUCUAAAUAAGAUGUGUUUUUGCAGGCACAUUUUGAAUUUCGCUCGCAGGCACCUAUUCCUAUUACCUAUCCCAAAAUUAAAAUAAAUCUGGAAUUUAUCAUGUAAAAUUAAACAAAACCAUUAGAAAGUAAUGUGUUAUUUUCCGCUGGCUGAGGCACGAAAGAAGCGGAAAAUGUUUUCUCACACACUGCUGGGGGCCUGCUAUUGAGCAUAUUUUUGUUGUUGCUCAACGUAGCUUGAGUGAGAAGAAGUACUUCGCCACAAAAUGAGAAUAACGAAGUAAAACGUUACUUCUUAAAACGACUUUGUUCCAAGUAAAAGUACUCCAGAAAAAGUUUACUUUGUUACAUGCAUGCUGACUUCUCAAAAAUAGUACUCAAGUACAGUAACAAAGUACAUUUAUUUCGUUACUUGACACCACUGCACUUUACUAUCUUGUAACAUAGCUAACAUAUGUGCCGACAUUGCAGAAAGAAUGUAACAGAGGGUUUGAGAUGAGAAAUUUUUUUUUCCGAUUCCCCCCUCCCCCCUCCCCACCGUCGCCAAAAAAAUUUCGGUCAGUGUACCAUUUUAGGGGUCAAAAAUUUUUUCCGGACAUACCAAUUUUUUCCGAAACCUAACAAGAUUUUUCGAAACAUCACGAAAUUAACCACAAAAUUUACAGAAUUUACCCCAUGAUUACAGUUGGUUUCUAGGUCCUUUACUUCAGCUCAAUUUUUAAUACCAAAUUUUGGAGUGGGGGGGCACUGCCCCACCGAGUGGGGGGGCAAUGCCUCCCCAGGCCCCCCUCAGCUACGGACCUGCAUAUUAUACAAAUAAUGAAUGUUUAUGAGUGCAAUGGUAAAAAUAUUUUACGACAGCUGAGUUGAAUGGAACAUUCCAUCUUUUACCGAAUGAAAAUACUCUUACCAUCGGCAGGUACAAAAUGGAGGUGGCAGGUUGGAAUUUUGCAGGUUGGGAAUUUUGCAGGUUGGAAUUUUGCAGGUUGGGGAUUUUGCAGGUUGCCAAGAAUUUUGCAGGUUGAUGAUGCAAACUUAAAAUUACACCACUCUAAAGACUAGAAAAUAUUCGGGGGGUUGACACCCCCCAAAGUACAAAUCAUCUGGAUUGGCAGGGCAAUGAAAGAUUUUAAAUGAUAGAAUGUAGAGUUAUUAAGUAGCUUCCAGGGCUUCCAGAGGGAAUUGAAUAGAAUUUAUAGACCGACCUAAAUUUUACAGAUAGUGGUAAAAAAUAAGGGUUUCAUGCAUGUUUUAACAGGAAUUUGUCCCAAGCACUGACAAGGCGUCAGACUGCAGUAAAUACAAAACUAGAUUAUACUGGAAUACUAAAAAAGUGGUGUAAUUUUAAGUUUGCAUCAUCAACCUGCACAGUUCCUGGCAACCUGCAAAAUUCCAACCUGCAAAAUUCCCAACCUGCAAAAUUCCAAUCUGCAAAAUUCCCAACCUGCAAAAUUCCCAACCUGCAAAAUUCUAACCUGCAACCUGCAUUUUGUACCUGCCGCCCUUACCAUUGCAUGGAUAAACAUUCAUUAUUUGUUUUAUAUAAUACCAAAAUAGACUAAUAGAUUUGUAUGAGAAGCAUUUUGACGGAUCCAUGCGAUUUACCGAAAACACAAAGAGUGCAAAGGAAUAAAACAUAUAGUACAAUUGCACUCGCAAAGAGUGCAAUGGAACAUAUUCCAUUGCACUCUUGGGAAAUGGAAUUUUCUAUUCAAUAUCAUGUGACCAUAAACAGCCAAUUAACAAUUGAUCAGAAUUUUAUAAAGUAUUAUAUAAACUAGUUUGUUGCAUGCAUUUGCAGCAUUUCGUUUUAUAUUUUUAGUAUUUACAAACAAAUGAAUUGAAUAAAUUCAAAAGUAUUAAAGCAGAACUGUCAUGAUGUCUUCUUUGAAUUUUGUGAACAUGACAUAGAAUAUCAGUAUCAGCAAAAUAUUGGUCCUUCAAUAUCGGAAUAUCGGUGCAUUUCCAUAUCGGUGCAUCACUACAGAUUUUUUAUUUUCGUUGUAGGCUUCAUCAGGAAUAGAAGUUGACCCAAAUUUUAAAGAAGCCUAUAAUAAAAUGAAAACAAAAAAAACCCACCAGUUGUUGGUUGCGGCACUGUCUGAUGAUAAGAAAAACGUAAUAUUGAAAGAGGACUUGUGUAAGGAGCUCUGUAGUCCUGAAGAACUCCGGAUUUCAUUUAAAGAACUCCCGAAAGAAUGUUUGUAUGCCGUUUAUGAUUUCAAAGAGAAAAAUAAACUUAUCCUUAUAAAGUGGUAUGUAUAAAAAGGCUUCAAAAUAACUGUGUUGACCCAAAUAGCAAAAUCACAUAUCAAACGGGUAAACACAAAUAUUAAGUACUCCUCUCCCUCUGAGGAAAUUGAAAGUUAACCCCUCUCGCCCCUUCAAAUAAUGCAAAGUCAAAUAAUCCAAGCAUGCAUGGAGCGAAGGAACUAAUUCUGCUGAAUGCAUGACUUGUAUCCUGAGUGGAUAUUACAAAAUUUCAAACAUUGGGAUGAUGCUAGGGCCAAAAAAACGUAGUUAUAAAUGUCUCUGGAGGUCUCCCAAUAGUUUCAAAUACUACAAGUUGAAAAUAAUCAACUUGGUGGUAUUGUUGUUGACUGUUGAGUCUCCUGUUGUAAUUUAUAACAAUGGGAGACAUGUACUGUAUACUUACUUUAAUGGGCUCAGGGAUGCCAUAAUUUAUGGUUAUCAGAUGGCAUACUAGAACUUUGAAACCUGCAUGUAUCCUAGUGGGAUAUUAAAAACGUUUUAAAUUUCAGACACUGCCCUACUAAUGUGGCUGUGGACUAUCCAUAAAACAGUGAAAUUUAGAACAGAAACAGUUUUUCUUUACAUUUUAUAUUUGAUAUGGAAAUUCAACUAAUUUUUAUGUGCAAUUUAUUUAUGCUCAAAUCUGAAUAGUUUGGUUGUACUAUAUUGGACAUAUUGUAGUUCUAUUCCCAUAAAAUUUAUUGUGUUCUAUAUUUCAACAUUUCUAGGGCUCCAGAUACUGCACCAGCAUCAAAGAAAAUGAUUUAUGCAAGUACUUUUGCAACAAUGAAAACAUGCUGUGAGGGUGCUAAAACUAUAGAAGCGACUGAAUUGGAUGACCUUAGUGUGGAAUCUUUGGAAAACGCCAAAAGCUAGCUUUUUUCACAAUGAAACUACACAUGGAAUUAGUGAUUUCUUAAUUACACCUUGUGUGGUUCUCGUUAAGCAUUACAGGUGUAUUCUUGAAAUUUAAGCCUUGAAUCUUGUACAAUAUGGAACUUAUAUUUUUUUUGAAAACUAAAAACAUACAUUUUCUCAGUUAAUUAAAAUCAAUAAUUUUUGUCUAAAUUAUGGUGUGAAAUGUUUACAAUCUUCUUCAACAUUGUUUGUUGCUAAUCAC